AUGAAUAGAGCCAUUUCUACAAGAUUGCCAUUGACUAGCUUUAGUAAGCAAUGCUCAAUGCGCCUUGCUUCCACCGCUACUACUACCAAAAAGAUCGUUUUACAUAAUCACCCCUCUACUUCUCUUGCAAGCUUCAACAAUAAAUUAGCCAAGCUUGUUCGAAUGCGUAAAGGCAAUGCCAGGAAUGUUUUGAGUAAGGUGCUCGAAAUCACGAAUGAGAUCAAGGCUCAAAAUCUUUCCUAUGAUUUAAAUACCUACAAUGCUCUUUUGGCAGCCUAUGCUAGAGCUCAUGAUAAAUCAAAGAUUGAUAAAACAAUCAAUCAAAUGGAAAAAGAGGGUAUCAAGCCUACGACAGAUAGUUAUAAUCUUAUUUUGGAGGCAUAUGCUAACCAUAGAGAUGUCGAAGUACAACUUGAUUGGAAGAAGGAGAUGGAACAAAAGGGAAUCGAAUUUAAUAAUAUCUCAUAUUAUCAUUUGUUAAGAGGACAGCGUAAUUACAGACUUGCCUUGGAAACAUUUAACGAAAUGAAACAACGUGGAUUAACCCCUACUUUAUCUUCAUACACUUUGUUGAUUCAAAACUGUCCUACAGAGCAGUCAAAGAAGGCAUUUGAGUUAUUGAAGGAAGUAGAAGAAAGUGGGAUGCCUAUUGCAAGUGAGCCAUCCUUGUACUUUCAUAUGAUGCGUCUUGCAGCAAGUACAUAUGAGCUGGAUGUUACCAGUUACUGCUGGAAGAAGGCAGUGAACGAACUGUCCUUACGCCCUGACGAGGGUACCUGUAUUGGUGUACUUAACGUAGCAGCCAGGAAGGGUGAUACAUCUCUAGCUACUGAUGUCAUUCGUCAAUUGAGUAAAAAUGGAUACCCUUACAAGGAACACUACUUUACACCACUCAUGGAAGCAUUUGUUGUAAAGGACGACUUGAAGAGUGCAUUCAACGUCUUGGAUAUCAUGCGUAUCUCUGGAGUUCCACCCACAAUGAAAUCUGUUUAUAAUCUCCGCAAGAGACUGAGUACUAGUACGGCAAUGAUUGACAAGGCAUACUUUACACUAGAAGAGAUGAAAAAGGAAAAGAAGCCUAUAGACAUUGUUGCCUUCAACGUGGUGGUGGCUGCUUGUGCCGAUGCUGGUGAUGUCGUGCGUACGAUCGGAACUUACCGUGAAGCGGCCAAACUUGGGAUAACACCUGACAUUGAUACAUACAACGCAAUCUUGGAUGUCUGUAUUAAUGGACGAGUAGAGGAUAUGGAUAACGUGGUGAUCACAGAAAUGAAGAAUGCCAAUGUUACUCCUAACGUAGACACAUAUGUAAAGAUGAUUGAAAUUUGUUCUCGUCGAAAGGACUUUGAGCAAGCAUUCCAAUAUCUUGAACAAAUGAAGGAUUACAACACACUUCCUCCUGAAAGAUGCUAUUUUACCUUGGCAUAUAAUUUGUCAAACAGAAAUGAUCCUAGAUAUCAUCUUGUGUUGGAAGAGAUGGAAACCCUUGGCUACGAUGCCACCAAGGUUAAACGAUUCAUGACUAAAGACUCAGAGGAAAGACAGAAUAGAGAGGGAAGAUACAACAAAGAGGGAAGAUAUAUCAGAGAGAGUAAAUAG